AUGCAGCUGUUAAUGUCAACCCUAACAGGAAAAACUAUUGCCAUCCCUUUUGAGCCAUCAGAUAAUAUAAGAAAGGUUAAACUAAAAGUUUAAGAAUUUGAAGGCAUUCCUUUUAAUUAGCAAAGGAUACUUUUGGAAUAGUCUGAAUUAGAUGACAAUUAAACUCUAUCACGAUUUGUAAUUGAAAACAAUACAAUGUUGAAAUUAUUAUUACGAUUGAAAGGAGGAGGCUAGGUGUUUGUCAAAACUAUGACAGGAAAAACAAUUACCAUAACAACAGAAUACGAUAAAACUAUAGGAGAACUUAAAAAGUUGAUCUAUGAAAAAAUUGGAAUCCCACCACAACAACAAAAAUUGAUAUUUGCAGGAAAAGUAUUAGAUGAUUGCAAAAAGAUGGAAGAUUAUAAUAUUCAAAAAGAAUCUACAAUUCAUAUGACAGAAAGAUUAAAAGGUGGAUUUUCUGAUAAAAUUUGA